AGUUGUACAGUAGAUUAUAAAUGAAUCAAAAUUUGAGCAAGACAAAAGACAUAUUCAUAUAUUCGAAAAUGCUUUUUGUGAAAACAAUGAUUCAAUUAUAUUCCUGUCAACAAUGGAUAAAAGGUUCAAAGUGAUUGUUGAAGUUAUGAUGUGGGAGUACACAGGAGGAUGACAGAAACACAGCUGGAAGUGUGUGUUGAUUCUUUAGAUUCAGCAAUAGCAGCUGUUGAUGGUGGAGCAGACCGCCUGGAGUUGUGCUCAGCGCUCUCAGAAGGUGGUCUUACCCCAACUCCUGGUCUCCUUGCUGCUGUCAAAAAGCACAUUAGCAGACCUGUUGAUGUGUAUGUUGGCUUACUUUACUGUUUUAUGUUCAUGUACAUAUACAGUGGACCCCCGCAUAACGAUCACCUCCGAAUGCGACCAAUUAUGUUUUGCAUAGUGCGUCCACGAGCCGGCCCUAUGGUGUAUUCUGAAGGUGAAGUUGAGGUUAUACUAAAAGAUGCAGAGAUUUUGAAAAAUACUGGAGCAGAUGGCUUUGUAUUCGGUGCACUGAAUGCUGAUGGCUUAAUUGAUAAGAAGUUGUGUAAACAAUUUAGAGAGGCAACAUGUGAUCUUCCUUGCACAUUUCACAGAGCAUUUGACUUUCUUCCUGAUCCCCUUAGUGGACUUGAAACUGUUAUAGAACUUGGUUAUCAAAGAAUAUUAACAAGUGGGGGAAAGGCAACUGCCUUAGAAGGAAGUGAUGUUUUGGCUUCACUAGUAACAGCAGCAAGGGGACGCAUUGUGAUCAUGGCAGGAGCAGGAGUGAAAUCAAAUAAUGUUGCCAACAUCAUAGCCCUUACAGGAGUUACUCAGUGUCAUGCAUCAGCAAGAGUAUGCAGAGAGUUUAAGUUUGAGUGGACAACGGGGGGCCCAAAAAGGGUAGCGGAAAUGAUAAUGUUGUAUGGGUAGCAUGUCAGAAGAGGUGAGUGCCUUAAAAAAAGCAGUAGGAGAAAAUUG